CUCUGUUUUUAGGGGUUGUUUUUUAUGUUUCCUGGGAAUGUCUUUUUCGUCUUAAGCUGAACCCACUGAUGUAUUGGCCAGUAUGCAUGUAGAGUAAAGAUAUAAAUGUCACGUGUAUUUGAAUCGCAAACGUUUUAAGUGAGAGGAAGGUACUCCCUCAUCGGCUUCGCCAUGGCGAUGAUGGAUAAUGCAGAGUUCCUGAUAUCGCAUAUUCGUAACUCGUACAUCACCAGCGAUGACACAGGAAUGUGUGAGACGAUUAUAGAGAGUGAGGAAAACGAGAAACAGCAAGGCGAGAAACGGCCAAUUUCAUGGCAUGCACCCAGUGGUCAGUUGGACUCGAGCUUCAGUGAUAGUGGUUUUGAGCACUCUGACAGUGAGCUGUCACAUUCCUACGAUAUCUUCCCAGAUAUGGAUUAUGGCGCUCAUCGACGUCGUUCUAACACGGCUCAGCGGUUAGAGAGGAUGAAGAAGGAGAAGCGGAACCAGGUCAAGGUCAAACACAUUACUUGGAAAGAACUGCCUGUAGAGUUUAAUGCCACAGAUAAAGCUCAUCUCUUUGAGAAAGUGGAGGUGCCGGCAGCUCCCUCUAGUGGGCAAGAGACACGAAAGAAGAAGUCCGCUCUUACCGAUCAGCUGGAAAAUUUCAGCAGCUCAUCAGAAAAUCCCUUCAUGGAAUAUGCAAAGUUUGACGGCAGGGCACAUAUGGCUGGUGUGAAGAAAAUAGAGAUAUUUCUGACAAUGGCGCCUCCUCGAGAUCGCCCCUACCCAAUGACCGUUGCUGUGGUGUCAACUGCCAAAGUGCACGAUCUGGUGGGGUUAAUUUGCUGGCAGUACACCUCAGAGGGGAGAGAACCCAAGCUUUUUAAUAAUGUUGAUUGUUAUGGCCUACACAUUGCUGAGGAUGAUGGAGAAGUAGACAUGGACUUCCCGAGCCUAGACAGCAAAGAGCCUGCCUCAAAGUUUGGCUUCGGGAAACUCGCUUUGGUGGAGAAGGCCCCGCCCCUGAGAUCUCCAAGCUCCGCCUCUCUAGUGGUCACCAUCACGAUCCCAAACAGAGGCUUUAGCAAAAUCCCAAUAGAACAUCUGGAUAUUCCACUCAAAGACCUGCUGGAGAAAGUCCUAAAGAAGAGGAAAAUCAAGCUGAGACCAGGCAUGAGCUACAACCUGGAGAAGCUGAGUGAGCCUGGGAUAGCCUUGGAUCUGGACUCCCUGUUGUCUAACGUGAACACCCUGGAGCUGUGCCUCGUCCGGCAACACAGUUCUCGUGGUGACACUGAGGCUGUGGCAACCUAUGACACAUCCACUGUGGCACUUAGCAGUCAUCAGUACAAGUCCUUCAUUGUGGAGAUGGUUAACAAGUUGAGGACAAACUCAGAAGUGCAGCUAGGCAUAAGCGGGGAGAAGGUAGAGAUCGACCCCGUAGCUCGAAAAGGAGCGGGAAGAAUCUUUCGACAGAAAGCAAUCACGUAUGACGCAGAAAGUAUUGCAGCCUGUGAAAAGCUGGGAGAAAAAUCAACAGGGAAGUGCUUGUUCAGGAUGACAUAUUCCACCGGUCAUGAAUACAAACACCAAGAUUUCGAGGCUGAAACUGAAAUGGCAGAGGAAAUCAUUGAAAAGCUGAACAAUAUUCUCGAGCUCCGGAUGAGCACAGUGAGGAAGGAAUACUUGGCGUCCAAAAAACGACAUCUAAAGAAACGAGGAGAAACUUUUAGGUAGCAGAGAAAUAUGUCGAGAGGUACGCAUAUUCCAGCAUGUACCAUUUGUAUAUGAGAAUUGUCUUCUCUAUUGUCUUCUUAUGUAUGAUGUUAAACAGUGAUCAGCUGAUAUCAGCUAAACAGUUACUCCAUGUAACAUAAUGCAGAAAUACAUGUCAGUAACUCUCAUAUACCUGGGUAUCAAAUUUAUCCUGCAAAAGACCCAUGAAUUCAGUACAGAAGGUUGAUGUGUUGGUGAACCGCUUGUGUGAUACAGCCAAACAAAGGGAGAUAACCUAGCCAUCAGAAGGCAUAUAGUAUCGGUUGCAAAUACUAGCACGUCCUCCAUGUGUCCCAUGUGAUCCUACGGUGCCGAGACAAGGCU